GUCUCUACAGCCGCCGCAACAUGUGAGGAAAACUUGGGGAGUCGGUUAUUUUGACGUCUGCCCACUGUUUACGUUCAAUCACACAACACUGAAUGAGCGAAAGUUUAACGGUUUGCUCACGUUUCGACUCUUUGAGUGGCUGAAAGCGUGGUCGCCUAAAGUCGGGUUAGCUAGCUCCGCUCGCACGGUCACUGUUUCGGUUGGUUCACUAGCUCGCAGCCCGCUAACAGCAUGGACAACACGGAGGAAAAUGGGAUUGAGCUCCACGGAGAUGAGGAAAUUAUUGAGGUGAUCGACCUGAACGAAGCCGAGCCUGGUCCUGAUGAUUUGGCUGAAGACUUGGAGGAUGUUGACUUUGAAGAUCCUGGAAACGCAGAUGUUGAUGACAACGAGGGCUGGGAGACAGAGGACGAGAUGGAAGCUGAGGCGGGGCAGGAUGACAGCGAGCUCACUUUCUCCAAGCACACCAGAUCAGUGUUUUGCGUCAGUUUGGAUCCUGUGACAAACAGCUUGGCUGUAACAGGCGGGGAGGAUGAUAAGGCCUACGUUUGGAGGGUGAGCGACGGCGAGGUUCUGCUGGAGUGCACGGGUCACAGAGACUCUGUGACGUGUGCCGUGUUCAGUCACGACUCCUCGCUGGUGGCAACCGGGGACAUGAGCGGCGUGAUUAAAGUCUGGAAAGUGGAAACCAAAGAGGAGAUCUGGUCCUUCGAAGUGGCAGAUCUGGAGUGGCUGGAGUGGCAUCCCUGCGCCCCGGUGCUGCUGGCGGGAACAGACGACGGCAGCGUGUGGAUGUGGAAGAUCCCAGCAGGAGACUGUAAAACCUUCCAGAGUCCUGCGUGCCAGGCCACCAGCGGCAAAGUCCUGCCUGAUGGUAAACGGGCUGUGGUGGGUUACGAGGAUGGGACAGUACGUGUGUGGGAUUUGAAGCAGGGCAACGCCAUCCACGUUGUUAAAGGACCGGAGGGACACCAGGGAGCACUGACCUGCCUGGCGUGCAACAAGGACGGCUCUCUGGUGCUGACGGGGUCGGUGGACGGCUGUGCCAAGCUCAUCAACACCACCACGGGCAAGGUGGUUGGAGCAUUCUCUGCGGAGGGAGGCAAAGCAAAAGGAACGAAGGACGAGGAAGACGCCAACUCUGUGGAAUCUGUGGGAUUCUGCAACAUCCUGCCUCUCAUAGCUGUGGCGUACCUAGACGGGACUCUGGCCAUAUACGACCUCUCAACACAGGUCCUGAGGCACAGGUGCCAGCAUGAGGCUGGCAUCGUUCACCUGAAGUGGGAAGAGUCUUCUUCUGUGGUGUCCACCUGCAGUUUAGACGGAGCUCUGCGCUUAUGGGACGCUCGUUCUGGCAACAUGUUGUCCGAGUACCGCGGCCACACCGCAGAGAUCCUGGACUUCACCAUAAACAGGGAAGCGUCUCUCGCAGUGACCGCCUCAGGAGACAACCAGGUGAAAGUCUUCUGCCUCCAGAGACCUGACCGGUAAAGCCAGCUGGAAGAAAAAGGACAAGAAGGAGGAGAUCCUUUAAGUGGUGCUUAAUUGGCAGAUGUUUGAGCAAAUUUAAGUACAUCUAAAGUACCUGAGAGAAAAGGAGCCUGUGAUCUGGUUUGAAUGACAGAGAGCAGAUCUUCUUGUCUACACAGUACACUGUUUCUGUAUGAGACUAAACAAAGUGGUGUCCUGGCGUUGACAUCCAGCUUAAUGUUCUUUCCUCUAAUAUGUUUUAGAGAUAAAAAAUUUCCUUUGGUCUUGAUGAUUAUUUUUUUUUUCCAUAAUUGGAUUUUUUUGUUUCCUACAUUUCCUCCACAAGUUCCAGUGUUUCCUGUGGAGGGUGUGUGUGUGGUCUUCCAGCUCUCAGACAGAUUGCUCAGCCAGGAAUUAUCUCACCAUAAUUUCUAAUGUAAAGUUCAGUGUAAAUACAAAAUAAUAAAUAAUAUACCUCC